UCUGCCCCGCCCCUUCGCCCACGUGAAGAACGCCAGGGAGCUGUGAGGCAGUGCGGUCUGGUUCCUGACGUGGGGACUCUUUUUCCUCUACUGAGAUUCAUCUGUGUGAAAUAUGAGUUGGCGAGGAAGAUCGACCUAUCGGCCUAGACCAAGACGCUAUGUAGAGCCUCCUGAAGUGACUGGGCCUAUGCUGCCCGAGCAGUUCAGUGAUGAAGUGGAAUCACCAGAACCUGAAGAAGGGGAACCAGCAACUCAAUGUGAGGAUCCUGCAGCUGCUCAGGAGGGAGAGGAUGAGGGAGCAGCUGCUCAGGAGGGAGAGGAUGAGGGAGCAUCUGCAGGUCAAGGGCCGGAGCCUGAAGCUGAUAGCCAGGAAGAGGUUCACCCAACGACUGGGUGUGAGUGUGGAGAUGGUCCUGAUGGCCAGGAGAUGGGCCCGCCAAAUCCAGAGGAGGUGAAAACGCCUGAAGAAGGUGAGAAGCAAUCACAGUGUUAAAAGAAGACACGCUGCAAUGAUGCAGGCUGCUCCUGUGUUGGAAAUUUGUUCAUUAAAAUUCUCCCAAUAAAGCUUUAC